GCGGGGCGGGCCCGGGGACGAGCAGAAGCGGGGGUCGCGUUGCGUGGCAGCCGCCCCCGAGUCCGCCGCUCCGUGGGCAGCGCCGGGCCCCGCGGGAGGAGCGCGGCGUCCAGCUGCCGGCGGGCGCUUUGGCUCCGGCUCUGCCUGCCUUUCCCGUCUGCCUCCCCGCCGGAGCCGGAGCGCGGAGAGCCCCGGGAGGGCAGCCGGGCCGAGCAAGGAGCUCCCGCCGCCUCUCCGUCCCCCUGGCGAGGCGGUGGGAGGGACGCUCUUGCCGCGGCUGCCUUGGCUCCGGCCCAUUUGGCGAGGGCGGGCACGCUCGGAACCGGCCGGGGAAGUCGGGCUGGCGCGGCGUCUGCAAGGGAGGGAGCUCCGGCCGGCGUCGGAUGCGGAGUCCCUGGCGGAGCCGCUCGGCCGGAGCGGCCUUUUGAGAAGGCGCUUCCCCCCCCCCCCGCCGGCGCCGCCGCCGCCGCCUUCCCUCCAGGGCUGCUUCGGGGAGCCUUGGGAAGAGCUGCCCUUCAUGGCCGCCAAGUCCCCCCCUGGGCCUGCACUGGGAAGUAUAGGAGCUUUGCGGCCUGCUUGGCCUUUGCCAGGUGGGAUCACCAGGAGCCCUUGGCGGAUGCUCAGCUUUCCCUUUGGCCCAGAACGGGGCCUUUCCUCUGAGGGCGGUUGGCACCUGCAAAAGAAGCCUCCAAGGAGGGACGGGGCCUAGCUCUGCAGAGGCCCCUUGCUUCCCUCCCUUGUUAACUGCCCUCGCCACAUGCUUGGCACAAGCAGCCUCUUCCGCCACUCCUUGGCAUUCAGUCCUCCUUUGAACCAAAGGUGCGUCCUUGGGAUUAACUGCAUUUCGGAGUGCCGGUUCCUGGAGGCUCUUUCCCACUCGGGAGGAUCUGAGCAAAUGAAGCCCCCGGCCCCCGCGUACCAGAAGCUGAAGGCGCCGGAGAGCCCUCGGGAGCUGCUGCCCCUGGCCGAGCAGCUGGGCCAGACUCUGCACCAGUUCCAUGGCUCUGCACUGGGGAGGCCCUGCCACAGCCCUGUCUCCGGGCUGCGUCCUGCAGAGCCGCCCAGGCGAUCCGCAUCCCUCCUGCCCUGGGACUUCCAGUGCUUGCUAGUGACGGCCAUCUUGUCCACUGUGCUAGUGGUGACCCUGGUGGUCCACUCCUUCUUCUUUCCCCUGCACGGUUUGGCCGCAUUAGGACACGUGGCAUCGGCCCCACACGUGGAUCACAGGUGCAGCGACUCCUGCAGGAGUGUGCUGGUGGAGAGCAUCCCUGAGGGAGUGACCUACGAUGACAACAGCACAGCCGGCCCUUCCACCUUUGAGACUUGGCAAAGCCUUCUGAGAAACGCCAGGCGCUCGGUGGACAUUGCCUCUUUCUACUGGACUCUCAGCAACCAGGACACCCACACCCAGGAUCCUUCAGCCAGCCAGGGGCAGGAAAUACUGGAUGAACUGCUGCAUGCUACCAGUCGAGGGAUUGCACUGCGGAUAGCAGUCAACCCGCCUUCUGCCCGGAUGCCCAGUACCGACCUUCAGCUCCUGGAGAAGAGCGGGGCCCAGAUUCGCCAGGUGGACUUACCCAGGCUGACCCGGGGAGUCCUGCACGCCAAAUUCUGGAUUGUGGACCAGCUACACAUUUAUCUUGGCAGUGCAAAUAUGGACUGGCGUGCCCUUACCCAGGUGAAGGAGCUCGGGGCAGCCGUCUACAACUGCAGCUGUCUGGCCCAGGACCUGGGGAAGAUGUUUGAGGCGUACUGGACCCUCGGGCUGCCGAAUGCCACCAUACCAUCCCCCUGGCCGGCCAAUUACUCCACCACCUACAACAAGGAGACGCCCCUGGAGCUGCGGCUGAACGGCACAGAGGCUGCCGUCUACUUUUCGAGUGCUCCCCCAGCCCUGUGUGCCUCCGGGAGGACGGAGGAUCUCCAGUCCCUGCUGAGCAUCAUCGACGGGGCCCAGGAGUUUGUCUACGUGGCUGUGAUGAGUUACUUGCCCACCAUGGAGUUCUCCCACCCCAGGAGGUUCUGGCCGGCCAUCGAUGACCACUUCCGGAAGGUGGUCUACGAGAAGAGAAUCCGACUCCGCCUCCUGGUCGGCUGCUGGGGACACUCCAAGCCAAACAUGUUCCCCUUCCUGCGCUCCUUGGCGGCCCUGCAGGACAACCGCACCCACUGCAGCCUGGAAGUGCGGCUCUUUGUGGUGCCUGCAAAUGAGACACAGGCCAAGAUCCCCUACGCCAGAGUGAACCACAGCAAGUUCAUGGUUACAGACAAGGUGGCUUACAUUGGAACCUCCAACUGGUCCGGGGACUACUUCCUGCAUACGGCGGGCUCUGCCCUGGUGGUGGCUCAGAGGCCGGGCGGGGACCAGACCACCCUCCGGGAGCAGCUGCAGCGCGUCUUCGAGCGGGACUGGCACUCCAGAUACAGCCGCCAGCUGGACCCCCGGGGCCAGGGGGCGGAGGCCCUCUGCAGCGCCCGCUAGAGCCCCGCCUGGCGGCCCGAGGGAAGCAGCCUUCGCCCCCAGCGCCCCCCAACCACGGCGCUGGGCAGGGGGAGGGCGGGGCUCAGAGGUGGGGAGGGGUUCCGCUGGUUCAGCUGCUUUGG